AUGGCUCCAAAGCAGCCCACGAAGGCCAGAAAAAGCCCAACCAAGCCAAAGGACACCAAAGAGUCCUCUGAUUUGAAAAGACAGAUCUUGUUCCUGUGGACCUGCCACAAGGUCUCGGAUGUCCACAUUGACUUCCCGGCUGUCGCCAAACACUUUGGCAUCAAGAACAAUGCCGCUAUGAUGAGAUUCAAGCGCCUGAAAAAGAAGCUUGAUGCAAUGGAAGCUUCCAUCAAAAGUGAUGACCAGGACCAGGACAAGGAUGAUGACCAGGAAAAGACUCAGAUCAACAAGGUCAAUAUUGAAGAUGAGGACUAUUCCAUGGAUGAAAUUCCCCCUGAUAGCGAGUAG